AUGUCUAUGCCAGGAAUUUCUGAGGAAGUCCAUACAGAAACCAAUUCAUUUGACUCUUUCCAAAAGGUGGCCAUAGGAAAUCAAAAUAACUCAACAACUGAAAGACAAGCCAUAAAGGAAGAAAGGAGGGGUCUGUUUUCUCCUGUCUCCUCAAAAAAGCAAUUGUUUCAAGCUGAGAACUGCUCUUCCAAAGGUGAAGAUGAUGAUACAAUUUUUAUUAGUGAUGAGGGUCUCCCUCCAACAGAUGAGGAUACCUUGUCAGAAAUACUGUCUCCUGUUGAUGAAGUAUUGUCCUAUGGAAGUGCUGACUUGCCAUCCUCUAAUAAAAAGGAUUUGUCAUUUCCAAGUGAAGAGCUUCCUCCUCCCCCUUUAGGUGCAGAUGCAAUGAAAAAUGAUGAUUCUACCUUCAGUAUGGACGAUUUCCCAUCUCCACCGGAACAAAUGACAGUCUCAGAGACUAGACAGUGUAUGGAUGAAGAUAUAUCACUGAAAAUGGAUGCAUUACCCCCAUUACCUGAUAACACUGUGCCUGAAGAAUUUCCCCCGCUCAGUCGAGAGACAGCUGAUGCUUUUUCAACUCAGGAUGGUAGUCUCUUGGAACAAUCCUUCGUUAAAGCUAUUUCCAGUGCAAAAGAGGGCUUACUAGAAUACCAUCAAGGAGAACAGGAGACACCUUUGCAGCAUUUGGAGUUUCUGCCUGUGUCAAAUGCUGUUUCUUCUGUUCAGGCCAGUAAAAGUCCUGAUUUCAUGAUAAAACAACGCAAAACAUCCUUAACGCUGCCGAAAGCUGAGGACAGUGAUGACCCGCUAUUAUCAUUUGAAAUUGGGGACAGAGUGCUAGUAAAGCAGACCCAACCUGGAACCCUAAUGUUCAAAGGACGGACUUAUUUUGCUAGUGGCCAUUGGGCUGGUGUUGCACUUGACAAAGCUGAAGGUGAUAAUGCUGGAACUUAUCAAGGGGUGAAAUAUUUUGAGUGUGCUCAGCACUGUGGCAUUUUUGUCAGACCUGAUGAGAUUUCACACCUCUUAGGUACUAAUGAAAAUCCUUCCAAUUACACUGGGGAUGCAGACUCUGACUCCUAUGAUGAUGAAUCCUUCAAAGGAGACUGCAAAUAUUCUGAAGGCAACAACCAGAGAGCAGGGUUUACAGAGGAGAAAGCAGAAGACACAAAAAGUACUGGAGGAUCAGAAGUGAAAGAAAACCGGUCUAGGUUACAUAUUGCCUUGCUGUCUGCAAAAGAGCAAAAGUUUCCACAUUCUGACCAGUGUAAGUGUAAUGAGUUCCUCUGUCAAAAUAACUUAAUGUGCUUGGGAUCAGAUAAAGAAAAUACACAACUGACACAAGUAAAGCAAAGGAUACUUGCAGAUGUGCUUCCAAUGAAAAGUAAGACUGGAAACACAGAUGAGGUAAACACAAGCAAGAAUAUUUGUUGCCUGUUUGAGGAUCAGAAAAGAAAUAAACUUGCUGAUGAUAUUGCAAGUGAACCCAGUAAAAAACUUCUGUUUGACAUUUUAAUUGCAUUUUCCAGAACAGCUCAACACAAAUAUAAAAGUGCCUUUGAAAAAGACACAAUGAAUUAUGGCAAAGGCCUAAGACAGGAAGACAAUCAGAAACUGUUUCUCCUCAAAGAAAAUUCAGUUGCUGUCUUAUCUGAACAAUCAUCAAAGGUUUCUGAUGUUUUACUGUGUGAUUUUGAUAUGCUUAGCAUUCAUGGUUGUCACACAGUAGCAGAGAGAAUUGUAACUGAAUUUGUAGAUGAUGCAGUUAAAGAAUAUAAGAAGAUUAAAAGAAAACACGGAUCAAAAGCAGACAAGAUCUUUCAUUCAUCUUCAGAGACUUCUCCAACCACUUUGCCAUUCCUUAUAAAAAUCCUUGAUGCUGGCAUUUUUGGAAGCUCUGAAGAUUUUGAUCAGACUAAUUCUGACCAACAUAUGCUGGUGAGACAAACACAAAAGCAAUACUUGUACAAAUUAGAUCAGUGGCACUCAGCUCCUUGGAAGAAAACAGUGGAAGUUCCUCUCGUGAUACCACAUUACAGUUCAUAUGUUGAAAAAUUGUCUGCAUAUGCUGUAGAAGAAUUAUGGACUCCAGAAAACAUGUAUACAAAUUUCAGUGUGCCAAAGCACUUUGAAUAUAAUGAUCUCCCAGGGAACAAUUUGGAAACAGAAAGCAACAGGAUGUACAAUCAGGUUAUAUUGGAUUUGACCCGUGAGUUGCUAUGUGCAGAAUAUCGAGUGACUGCAAAUCCAAAUACAUUUCCAUGGAUGAAAGAAAAUUUGCGAUCUCACUGUUCCAGGUGUCUUUGCACAAGAACAGAUGUCAAUGAUGUCAAGACGUUUGUUCAGGGUGAAAUUAUUAAAAUAAUGAACCUGGAAAAGAAUGACUUAGAAAGGAAAAGAAAAUUCCUUAAUAUGACCAAGUAUGGAAACUGUAAGAGAGACAGAGUGGACCUUAUUCUGAUUCAGGAGCUCCGCAAAGAAGAAUCUCAGUGGACUUACUAUGAUGAUGAUGAAUUAACUGUGAAGAUGAGAAUGACUGAAGACAUCUUUGAUAGCUUGAUCCUUGAUACAAUCAGAGUUCUUAAUAAGAUUUAUCUGAGAAAAGCAUGUGAUUAGAAGUCUUCCCUAAAAGGCCCUAAUGGAAGAAUUUUAAUCUCUGCUUUUUUUUUUUUUUAAUUGUUUUUUUUUUUUUUUAGCCAAGAAAUGCAUGAUUUAAGAAUUUUAAUUCUGAACUUGUACCCAAUACAAUUUGUAUGUUCAUGUCUACAAUUAAAGGAUGGAAGCAGAGCAUUAAGCAGAUAGAAAAAUAUUACACAAAAUAUUCUCCUUGUGUUUUGUGCUUUGGGAAUGCUCAUUAAGAUCAACAGUGGUCUUAGACUCAGGUCACAGAAUCUAAAGGGUGGAAAUUUUAUUCAUGACUGUUGUUUUGGUCAAGAUAACACUUUAUUCACGUAUGCAUUUUAAGAGCACAGCAUGUUCUAAAAUUGUAUAUAAGUCUAUACAAACAGGAUUCAAAACCAAUUUAUGUGUAAAUGAUCUUAUUCUUUGUUAUCAUGUUCAAGCUGUGAAUGAUGACAGGUGAAUCAUAUUUUGAAAAUAAUGUUUGGAAAGGCAUGGAUUGACUGUCUUAAGAACAUAAAUGUGCAGAUGUAAUUAAAUCUCCUAGCAACCAAAUUGCUGCGGAUGGCUGUAGUUUGGAAUAAACUCCUCUAACUGGAACAAGACAAAAACUUUUCUUGAGGGGUAUGGCAGAGUUAAAGGUGGCUGUGUACCAUUUUUUUUAUACACUGUGGAACCCUGGCAGGAUCUAAAGCCAGACAUUCAGUUUAAAUGUCUACAACUUUAUGUAAACGAGACAAAUACUGAUGUAAUGCACUUUAAAUGGGAUACAUUUCUAUUGGUGAUUCCAAGUUAUGAAAAUUAAGUAUGUGCAUGUGAUUAGGUUAUUUAUCACACAAUUCACAUAAGCCCUUUGAAUUCUUACAGCAUCUAAACCUAGGGUGCUGAGGAUAUAUUUUAAUUGGCAAAACGGAGGGAAUCAAUAAUUCCAUUCCUUUGUAUUGGCAAAAUUAGGAAAAUCGAGAUUUUCUGACAAGGAAAUAGAAGCAUUCCCUGAGCAUGGUAAUUGUUCAUUAUGUAGAUUGCUGUGGUGCCACCUAUUUUUGCAUUGAGAAGACCAAUGAUAAAUUUUUAUUUGUUUUUUAAAAUUAAAUAUUGUGCAAAUAUUCCUUACUGGAAUUCAGAAACUGUUCAUUAUUGAAUAAUUGAAUGUAAGUAGACCUGAUUUAUUCAAAUCCCAUUCAUUCAGGAUGUCUUUCAAAAAGAAUGAAAAGCAGAACAGUUAAAUAUAAACUAUAUAUAAACUUAUAUUUAAAAUUAUAAUA